AUGCAGUACUUUCCGCCACCGCCACCAGCCACUGCGCCCCCGGCCCCCGUCCACAAGGUCUGGAUUCUCGACUGCAAGUCGUGCGGGACGUUCCUGACGAACCGAGGGAUGAAGGCUGUUCUGCUCCUCCGUCCCAACGUACCACUCUACUCGACCGACGCUCUCCCGGUCAACUGCGCUGCCUAUACGGCACCCUCCCCCUCGCCGUCCUACGCUCUCCCGCCGAAUGCCGUCCCGCGGACGUGCGACUGCCUUACUCAGUCGCUGCACUGCACAACGUGCGGCGCGGGCGUCGGGUACACGAUCGUCACGCCGUGCGCGCGGUGCACCUCGAGCAUCAGCGCGAGCCAGCGCGCGACGAACGGGCACCGCUUCGUGUUCUACGCGAGCGAGGUCGCCGCGGGCGAGCGCGGGCACGUCCCCGGCGAGCGCGGCGUGCACCCGUACCGCGCGCCGCCCGCGCCCGCGCCCUGCCCGGAACGCGACCUCCUAGCGGACCUGCGGCGGCACCGCGAGACCGUCGCGCGGCACGCGCGGCCGAGCCUCAGUCUCAGCCCGAGCGCGGAGGCGAGGGAUUCAGAGCGCGAGCGCACGGAGUCGACGGACUCGAUGCCGUCGCUCGUCUCCGUGUCGGACACGUCCGCCCCGCCGUCGCCCGCCGCCCCGCGCGGCGCCCGCCCGACGCUCUCCCCCGCGCGCUUCCCGCCGCCGCUCGUGGUCGACCUCCCCCUCGACGCCGCUCAGCGCGCGCCGCUCUUGGACCUGCGCCAGGUCCGCGCACCGGCGGGCCGGGCUCGGACACGCGAGGAGGCGUCCCCGCAGCCGCCGCCGCCGCCGCCGACGCGCGUGCCGCCCUCGCCGGACGUGUCGCGCCCCGGGCCGGACGCGCAACGCUUGAGGGCGGGCGACGUGCUGUACUGGCACCACCUCGUGCGGAGCGGGGAGAUACCUGCGGUCGUGGAGGACCAUCGGGCGAGGCCCCGGCGCAGGCCGGAGGAGGAAGGCGGCGCGGAGGGGAAGGACGCCCGGGCUGCGGGUGCGAAGGGGCAGGCGAGGCGGGGCUCGGUUAGCGUGCCCGUGAAGAGCGUCGUCCUCGCUGGGCGCUGACGCGGACGCGGACGUGGAAAGGACCUGCAUGAUGAAACGAAACACGACUCGGAAGACGAUACCGAUACCGAUACCCUCCCUCUCUUCGCUCCUGACGCUCUCUCGAUCGCUACAAUGCCACGACGACGGCCGCUCGUUACUGUUUAACGAUUAUUAUUCGUGGACCUGGCCUUGACGUUGACGCUGUCUCUUGGACUCUGGCUAGGUCUCGUACCCGCUCCUUGCACCACACACCCCGCACCCCGCACCCCGCACCCCGCACCCCGCAGGCAUACCCCAAAGUUCGGAGCAAUUGCUGUUGUGUCUUGUUUGAUAGAAGGAAGCUGUAACUCAUUUGUACUAUUCACCAUGGCCGACUCACGGUCCUCGCAUUCUUGUACAUGACUUGUCUGUCACCUUGUAGCUUGCCUCCUCACUGUGUUAUGUAUCUAUCUGUCGCGCGACAAAGCAGUGCUCAGAACGAUGCACUUUCUG